CAAACUUAUCAAAAAAAUGGCGCAGAAAAUUACGCUGAUAACGGGAUGCUCAACAGGUAUCGGACUCAAUAUAGCAGUCAAACUUGGGAAGGACGCAGCGAAAAAGUAUAUGGUUUACUCGACCAUGAGGAACCUUGGGAAGAAAGAGCCCCUCGAGACUGCCGCAGGUGACGCCCUCAACGACACGAUUUUUAUCCGUCCUCUUGACGUCGUCAAAGAUGACUCGGUGACAAAUGCCGUCAACGAAAUCGUCGACAAACAUGGUCGAAUCGACCUAGUCAUUAACAACGCUGGUAUCGCCACAUUCAGCCCUCUUGAGUACACUCCACUGGCUGACGUUCGGGAUGUGUUCGAGACAAACUUCUUCGGGGUUGUUCGGAUGAUGCAAGCAGUCUUACCUCACAUGAAGGAACAGCGAUCAGGACAUAUCAUUAACGUCAGCUCCAUCGGAGGAUCCUUAGGUACACGGUCUAAACCAAUUUUGUUUGGUUUUGGUAGGGUUGGUUUAUUUUACCUAACUGCUUAG